AUGGCCUCCCUUUUGCGACGGCAGCCAUGUAGGCUACCACAGUACACGGUCCUUCGACAAUACCUCUCGACAAAUGCUCAAAGACCAGCCCCACCGUCACAAGAAAGUCCGGAAGUCACGACGUUCUCUGAUACUUCACGACCUCGACCGUAUUAUGCGAAGCACCCGCCGACGAGAGAGUUGCCUAGGAUCAAGUCCAAAUGGCCAGGAGCAUUGGCAACGUUGGCUGUAGCCGCAUGCGGCGGCGCGCUGUUCAUGACAUACGCGACGAACCAAGAGAAGCUGUCGAGUUCGGUGUUUAGGAGUAUCAUAAGGUCGCUGAGGGCGGAUCCUCAGAUGCAUGAAGCACUGGGAGAUGCUAUUAGACCGCAGCCGGAGUGGUGGCUGAAUGGAGACCCGAGAGUCAUUGGCCGGAUCAGCGUACUGCAAGGGAACAUUGACGUCAGUUUUAGAGUGAAGGGUUCGAAAGGCACGUACUUUACCCAUUGGAUCAGGCUCAAGAUUUUUAUGACAUCUUUUUCAGGCUCUGGCACCGUCUACUUCACGAGUAUAAGAAAAGAGAAGGGUGCACCUUUCACUGUCUUGCGUUUCAAAGUCAUCUGUGACGAUGGAACUGUUGUCAACAUUUCCGACACUCUUCCAAUGGAACAACCAUAA